AUGUUGGCAGUCGGGAGAAGCCGUCUGGCCGCCGGCAGCGGGCUGUCGCUGCCAAAGCUCAGCGCUCUUGUUGCCAGAGCCAUUGCUCGUUCCGGCCCUCUCUCGUCCGGUGCCGCCAAUGCUAUCAAUAGCCAGGCCACCUUUGCUCCAUUCAUGAAAGCCAAUCUACCUCUCUUGACCAGCCUUGUCCUUCGCGAGUACGCAACCGCGACCAAGAAGACCACCACGACUACUACUACCAAGAAGACCACUGCUGCCAAGAAGAAGGCGCCUGCGAAGAAGCCAACCACGAAGAAGCCAGCUGCUAAACGUCGCACCGUUGCGAAGAAGUCUGGUACUCGUCGCACUGCAACCAAAAAGAAGCCAGUCGCAAAGAAGAAGAAGGCAGCUCCAAAGAAGAAGAAGGUCGUUAGGAAGAAGAAGGCUGUCGUCAAGAAACCCGGCAUCCAGAUCCAAUACGACAAGGCAUUGGGAGACGCGCCACCAAGGAAGACCACCUCGUACAGUCUCUUCUUCAUUGAGGCUCUUCCUACCGUCGACUCUUCAUUGAAGGGCUCUGAAAGGGCCAAGAAGGUCGCUGAGAAAUGGCGAGGCCUUUCCGAAGCCGAAAAGAAGGUCUGGAGCGACCGUGCCGCUGAGGAAUCUAUCAAAAAGAAGGCUGCAUAUGCACAAUGGCUUGCAAAGCAGAACCCGCUGGAUAUUGAGGCCGCCAACCAUGCUCGCAACCGCAUCCGUGGGUAUCGAGAAAAGAAGGGUAUCAAGGGCUCCAACCCCGUCUCCAAGAUCAAAGAUGAUAGAUUGGUCAAGCGUCCUCGUACCGCUUGGGUCUACUUCAUGCAGGAAAAAUACCACUCGGGAUUGGUUGAGGACGUCGGUCCCAAACUCAAGAUGGCCAAGCUGGCUGAAGUGUGGAAGGCCACCUCCCCAGCUGAGAAGAAGAAAUACCAAGAUCUCUGCGCCAAGGAUAUAAUUCGUUACAAGGCCGAGAGAGCUGAAUUUUUGAAGAAAUACCAGCAUUGA